CGUGAGGCGGCCCGGCCACGUGACCCGGCGGCCCGACCCCUGGCGCCCGUCCCCCGCUCCUCCCCUUCGCCGGGCGUCCGGGCAGCUGCUCGCUGGCAGGUCUCCGGCCCGCGGGUUUUCCGAGAUCCCCGCGGCUGGGCCCGGCCGGACGGCGUGAGACAGCGACUUGGCGUCCCAGAAAAAGGCCCAGGUUUGACGGCAGAGGAAUGAUUGGACAGGUUGCUGGGGAAAGUGAGUGAUCCAUUUAACCAAAGAAAUGUUGGCUUAUUUAUAGGAAUUACUUGAAGCCAGAGUCAUGGUGGAUGUAGGAAAGUGGCCAAUCUUCACUCUGCUCUCACCUCAAGAAAUUACGUCUAUUCGGAAAGCAUGUGUCUUUGGCACCUCAGCCAAUGAAGCACUGUAUGUUACUGACAAUGAUGAGGUCUUUGUAUUUGGACUGAACUAUAGUAACUGUCUAGGAACUGGAGAUAACCAGAGUACACUUGUACCCAAAAAGCUAGAAGCCUUAUGUGGAAAGAAGAUUAAAAGCCUUAGUUAUGGGAGUGGACCACAUGUCCUUCUCAGCACCGAAGAUGGAGUUGUUUAUGCCUGGGGCCACAAUGGAUAUAGCCAGCUUGGGAAUGGGACGACCAACCAAGGCAUUGCUCCCAUCCAAGUCUGUACCAAUCUCUUGAUCAAGCAAGUGGUUGAAGUAGCUUGUGGCUCACAUCAUUCAAUGGCUCUGGCAGCUGAUGGAGAGGUGUUUGCUUGGGGCUAUAACAACUGUGGCCAAGUGGGAUCAGGAUCUACAACAAAUCAACCAACUCCUCGAAAAGUCACAAACUGUUUACAUAUUAAGAGGGUAGUUGGCAUUGCUUGUGGUCAGACCUCGUCCAUGGCUGUUCUGGACAAUGGGGAGGUAUACGGCUGGGGUUACAAUGGCAAUGGUCAGCUGGGCUUGGGAAACAAUGGCAAUCAGCUGACCCCUGUGCGAGUGGCGGCUUUGCACAGCGUAUGUGUGAACCAGAUUGUCUGCGGCUAUGCACACACUCUAGCACUAACAGAUGAGGGCUUGCUCUAUGCCUGGGGAGCUAACACGUAUGGGCAGCUGGGAACUGGCAAUAAAAAUAACCUGCUAAGCCCGGCCCACAUCAUGGUGGAGAAAGAAAGGGUCGUAGAGAUCGCGGCCUGCCACUCCGCGCACACGUCAGCGGCCAAGACCCAGGGCGGGCACGUGUACAUGUGGGGCCAGUGCCGGGGCCAGUCGGUGGUCCUGCCCCACCUCACCCACUUCUCUUGCACGGAUGACGUGUUCGCCUGCUUCGCCACGCCAGCCGUCUCGUGGCGCCUCCUGUCCGUGGAGCAUGAAGACUUUUUAACAGUUGCUGAAUCACUGAAGAAAGAAUUUGAUAGUCCAGAAACUGCUGAUCUGAAGUUUCGAAUUGAUGGGAAAUAUAUCCAUGUCCAUAAAGCUGUUUUGAAAAUCAGGUGUGAGCACUUUCGGUCCAUGUUCCAGUCUUACUGGAACGAGGAUAUGAAGGAGGUGAUAGAAAUAGACCAGUUUUCUUACCCAGUGUACCGUGCCUUUCUCCAGUACCUCUACACCGAUGCCGUGGACCUGCCGCCUGAAGACGCUAUAGGUCUUUUGGAUUUGGCGACGUCUUACUGUGAAAACCGACUGAGAAAGCUUUGUCAGCACAUUAUCAAGCGUGGAAUUACUGUGGAGAAUGCCUUUUCACUGUUCUCUGCUGCAGUCAGAUAUGACGCAGAGAAAACGAGCGGGGAGAGGGACAAGCAGAGCCUGACGUGGGGCUCCAUCUUACAACCCUGAGAUCGUGACCUGAGCUGAAACCAGGAGUCGGCUGCUUAACCAACUGAGCCACGCCAGUGCCCCUGGUUUUUUGUUCUUGAAUAUUUCCACUGAUGUUCUUAUUCAAAGAGUUGUUUUAAAUUUAAAUGUUUAUUUUGAAGCAGAUGUAUGCCCAUGUAGUGACAGCAGCUGAAAAGAAAUUUAAAAAGCAGAUUUUGUGAUGACCAGUAAAUUUGGUACAAGUGGAGUAGAAAUACACAAAUUUAUUAUAUCUGUAAUUAUGAGCUGGAACUAGUCUCAAAGAAUAAGAACACUUUAUGCACUUAUUCAACAUUUAUUGAGCAUGCUGGGUGCUGGGAAUGUGCUGGGAGCAAAACAGGAAUAGUGAGGUUUUGCCCUCAGCUUACACCCUAACGGUGUGAUGGAAGAUACAGUGUGUUACACUGGGAAGUGAAGGGAAGGAAAAGUACUCCGAUGGAAUGGGUGGUAGAACUGGUAUAAUGAGAUCUGCAGGAAGAACAGACAGACAAAGGUAAAAGAGGAGUUAAGGCUUCACAGAAAGAUGUGCAGAGGCCCUGGGGAGCAUUUACUUCCAGGAGCACCUUGUGUGUUAUUAGAAUCAACGUAGAUCCCUGGAGUGAGGGAAGGGUGGGAGGCAAUGCACCAGCACGAAGCUGCCAGCGGAUUUUCAGUGCAGAGGGUGGGAGAAAUGGGAGGUAUGAUCCAGUUUACUCAAGUAGAAUCUGAGAAACAUUUUAUUGGAGAGCAGAAGUGAGAUGAUAAUAAGAGGGAGGCAGGAUCAAAUGAAAGGUGGAUUGGCAAGAACAGGUAAGAGUUGAUGAGGAUUGAAGUUUGAGGUCCAGAGAGACAUGAAAGGCCUAGUUCUAAAGAUGUUGGCUUCCACAGGUCAGGUCUUCAGUGUGCAGUCUGCUUGCACCUGAGGCUCAUUCCUGGUUUAGGAAAUGGUAAUCCUUAGAAGACACAGAAGUAGAACUUGACCUCACGUCUCUAUCUUCUUGAAUAGAGUACAUGGUUUGGUUUAGGUCCUGAAGUACCUCAAUCUCUUCCUUCAGUUGCUGCUGCCUUUCUUCAUAUUGAUGAAUUUUUUUCUGUAUUGCUAUGAUAAAAAGAAAUGAAAUUUCAGGUUAGUAGUUUUAUAAACAAUGUACUAUUUCUAGCCUCUUUCACUUGGAAGUGCAUAAUACACACUGCUGUGCGCCAGAAGAAUCUAGGGCCUUGUGAGCAGGAACUGAUUCUUUUAUGUCUUUGCUUCCUCUUCUAAUUCAGGAUAGAAUUCUAGUUUUUAUCACAUAAAGCCAGUCAGUACAUCUUUAGAGCUUGAGUCCCUUUUGUGUAUCUUUGAGAACUCAGAAGUAGGGACUGUAUAGCCUUCAUGCUACACUGUACCCCUUUGUUGAGAGAUAAUAAGUGGAGAGAGCAUGUGGUUAGAAUAUCAAGGAUAAGGGCAAAUCUUUCAUAAAAAUGCGUCCAAUUUUUAAUGUUACAUAAAAGCUUUUGGUUUUAUUUAGAAAUAGGAAGGCCUUUAAUGUGGAAACUUAGGAAGAAGAUUAAUUAGGCUUUAUAAAUAACAGUAUUGCUCAAACGACAAUGUCGUUUUUUGAAAGUUGAAGAAUUUUAAAACACACACAUACAAUCUUUCUGUAGAAUACCUGUAGUUAACUUUCUGGAACAUUAGAACUGAGUGACAUUAAAUUAAGUAAGAGAGUCUGUCUCAGUAGGGAUGUCACGUUAGGUCUUUUAAGUUGGUUCUAAUGCAAUUCCAAGUAGUGUCUCCUCUUGGUGCCCCCACGUCCCCCACGUACUACAUUGUAAAUGUAUAUUCUCCCAACUAACCCGUGUACAUAGUGGAAAUGUGACUUUUUUUUUUUUUAAGAUUUUAUUUAUUCGACAGAGAUAGAGACAGCCAGCGAGAGAGGGAACACAAGCAGGGGGAGUGGGAGAGGAAGAAGCAGGCUCUCCCAUAAUGCCGGGAUCACGCCCUGAGCCGAAGGCAGAUGCUUAACCGCUGUGCCACCCAGGCGCCCCGGAAAUGGGACUUUUAUAUGAAAGAAAAGUAACACAGAUCAAAGUCCCCUAAUAAGGCUUUUUAGAAGAUUUUAAAGGCUUCUGUUAAAAAGUAUGUGGAUGCUCGCACUAGCAGUGAGCAGUCUGAGAAUGAAUGUAACACAAAAUCUGAAUGGAGAGGAGGACACUGCAGUUGUGCAGCUCAGGGGGAGCUGUUCACGCCCAGUUCCGUGUCCCACUCGGGCCGGGAUGUGAUGUGCAGUGCACAGCCUGUCCAGCUGUGUGGGAGCUUGUACAGAAGUCAGAUCAGACUCACCCAGAAGUGGAAAUUUAGUCUGUUUUGAAAGCAUCUUAAUGGUGGGAGGACCUACUCACUAAACGGUUGAGGUAUUAUUAACAUACAGUGAGUGUCCGAUUAGUUUCAGGUGUACAAUAUGACACAAAAUCUAUAAAAUAGCAACCAUCUAAGUCUCUGCCCCCACCAGGCUUGCUUCUUUUUCAAAAAUGUCUUGACAUUUUUUUUCUUGCUCGUCUUUAGAAUCAAUGAACUGCAACCCUCCUUCCCCCGGUUAGAUUGAGGAUUGAUAUUUGGAGAAUUAAAGGCUUCUGUUAAAAAGUAUGUGGAGAAUUAAAAUUUGUACACAUCAAAUCAAGUGAGAGGGAGUCAAGCAGCAGUGUGGUCAUGGCCUUGCCACAGCCUGGCUCCUGCUGAGUCCUGAACCUCCCAUUUUGCAAUCAUUUAAAAGAGUAGAAACAAAAAAUCGAGUUUUUUCUGAUUACUAAGGUAUUGUGUAUAUGUAGAAAAUGUGGAAAAUCUAACGCAGCACUGUCCACCCACCUACAGAUAACAACUGUUCCCAUAUGGGUGCAUUGCGGGGGGGGGGGGCUCGUAUUGCUUUAUGGUGGGCUUUUUCAUUUAGUAAGAUGAUAAACAUUCUUUUAAAAUGAUUAUCACCUGAAUAGUAUUAUAUUACUUCAGUAUAAAUAAAUAUUUGUGAACUACGCUGCUCGGUUAUAACUCCUACCUGCUUGAAAAUUUACAAAUGUGUCUUCAAACAAUUUACAGUCAAAAAGUGAAGUCCCGAUUUCUUCAUAGUCUGUAGAGAGAAAAACAUUUUCAGUUUUAACUUAAAUAAUUGAUAUAGGCAGAAACUCCUUACACACUAACCCCAAAUAAGGAGAAGUACACAGAAUAGUCCAGCACUGUGCAACUUCUGUAUCAGUCUGCGGGAGCAGCAGUGUCCCCGGGGGGGACCGGGGGGGGGGGUAAUGCAGAUGCCUGGCACCUCUACCAAUCAGAAGCUCCAGGGCUGAGGCCUGCUGAUGUGUUUUAACAAGCCCUCCAGGGAUUCUGAGGGGCAUGUUCAAGUUUGAGAAGUACUUAGUCUAAAAAAGUAAAGAGGAAAUGAAUGGAAGAAUGUAAUGAAUGAAUUUUUUGGAAGUUUGCUUUUGAUUUCACUUCUUGAUUUUGUCCUAUAGAAAAUAAUCUCUUUCAAAUAAAUAAUCACCUACUUGACACUGGUGCCUAUGA